ACGUAAUUAUGGAGCAGCUCAGACACAUAUUGGCCAUGUUGAAUCGUCCGCCAACGACAGCUUCAGCACCGGAGGCCCCAGCAGAUCCAUCUACCCCACCGCCAGCUGCUUCACCCCCAGUAGAAGAGGAUGAGGUCUUCCCCGACGAUUACGAUCCUUAUGAGGGAGCUCCAGCGACUCCGAUCGAGGCACAACCUCUUAUCCAUGUACAUGACACCGAGUCGCAGGGUGAGAUUCUGUCCAUAGAGGCACAACCUGCAGUGGUUAAGAGUCGGAAGAGGAAGAGAAAGCCUCCUGUAUGGUUCGGUGACUAUACGGAGAUGAAGAGGAGACAUAGGCCAUCUUCGACUUUUGAUCCCCUGGAGCCACCGGAUGAGAAAUUGUUAACCACUUUCCGAAAGUGGUGUGUUGGACUCAUUCCGAACCACCGACUUCGGGAUUUGAGAAGUGGUGAUUACGGUCCAGGAUUCUUUUGGAUAAUGCUCACACCAAAGGAAUGACUUACAGAUGACGUAAGUAAAGUAUUUUAUAAUAUUACUUCACUUUACAACUUUAUGUGCAAUUAAUAUAUUUUUUUGUCUAACUAACAUUUCCCUUUAUAUGCAGCAUAUAGAUGCAGCAAUGCAUAUGCUGAGGAGGCGACGCACCGACUAUCCACUGACAUUUCCUUAGAAGGGUAUCAUUCUCUCCACAUUCGUGACCGCCGUGAUCAGCAGUGCAUGGACGAGCCACAAGGGUCCGAGGAAAAACUUUAAAUGGGAGGAUUAUAUCCUGGACUACUGCACAGGGGCUCAUAAGUCCCAAGUCUUUGAGAGAUGGAGGGGUAACGAGUUUAUUUACUUCGUUCUGAACCUUCCCACGGCAAGGCACUGGGUCACAGUUGAAGUCGACAUAGAGCUGUGGAAAAUUAAUGUCUACGACUGUGAUUCCAGCGUCUGUCAUUGGACCGCCUUGGAACCCAUCCUGAAGGUUUGGGCAGAACUGCUGCCCUCGCUAAUCCUUGCAACUGGGGAAUUUCCACAUAACAACCAGAUCAUGGCGUUAGCUAACUGUGACAUCACGGUGCUUCCAAAAAUGCACGCGACUCGAGCCACUCACGACUUAGUUCCGAAGUCAGCAACUGUGCACAUAGCGAUAAAAAAGUACUAUAGUAUUAAAAUAUGUUUUACGUUAGACUGACUUUACAUUUUAUUUUGCAUUUAGUGGUGAUUGUGGCGUGUAUUGCAUUGAGUAUGUGGAGCAUCUCAUGAUGCAGCGUGGAUUGACCGAUGUGACGCCAGACCGGAUAGCUAUGUUUCGUCAACGGUGGUGUGUCGAUUUAUUUUACCAAAAUGUCGGCUGAUUAUAUGUGUAAUUAUUGGGACAUUGUAUAUUUUGUGUAAUUAACAUUACAGUUAUGUAUAUAUAGAUUUUCUUUUCGUUCAAA